AUGAAACUGCUGGCUGCCUGCUUCAUGUACCUACUGCUCAUCUGUCUGGCCCUGCCCAAAGCCGAAUGCCGACUCCACGAGCGAUCCAUGGAAAUCAGGAACCCUGAUAUCAACCCUUCCUGGUACACGGGGCGUGGGAUCAGACCCGUGGGACGGUUUGGCCGGAGGAGAGCUGUCGUGGAGAGCGCCCAGAAGUCGGGCUAUGGACACAGGCAAGCUUGCCUCCCACUAGAAGAAAGCAGUGAAUCCAUUCAAGAUGAAUGA